AUGACUCACCCGAAGGCAGGCAUUGGCCAGCACGAUGAAGAGUGCAAGGACGUGUUCAUGGCUGUACUUUGCAAGCAAGGGUUCUCGCUGGUUCUGGUGGAGUUCUUUGCCUCCUAUCUUGUUGGUAGUUCCACAGUUUACUGCUGGAACACCUUCCAAUCCGACUCGCGAUCUGCGGACGUGGGUGUCGGGCAGGGCUCAGCUCUCUCGCCUGUUAUUUCUGGGCUGUUCAUUGCUCCGGUAAUGAAGCUCUUCUACAUCAAGGCGGCACUGCUCAAUACAACGUUGCUCUCCUUUGUGGAUGAUGGGACCAUUCUGGCCCAAUCCAAACAACUUGAUGAUAAAUAA